UAAAUGCUAAAUACUAAAUAUAUUUUUAAAUUUGGCUCGUAUGGAAAUGGUUAAGAAAUAAUUAUACUGUAGAUUGCUCUACAGGGACAUUACUCAAUCUAGGAAGAAUCAUCUUUCUUGAAUUUUUAAAAAAGGCUUUUUAAACAUUUUUUUUUGUGCAUGAAGUUUUGUGCAUUCUCGAGAAAUACUAUUCUUUAAUACGAUUUUUUUUUCAAAGAAAAUAAAGCUCUUUAGGUAUGUCCUAGAUUAAAUGAGACUUUAUUCAUAAAAAUUUUCUAUCGAGAAUUACGCGUGAUCUUACGGAUAGCCUAAAUCAUUAUAAAACCAGGGAUAGUGAACAGUUUUAAAUUCGUUUUAACUAUUCGUAUUAAGUUUAAGUAGAAACAGAAAAUAUAAAAAAUUCUUUUCGAUUAAUCUAUUCUUCAGAGAAAUGUAUAAUCUGACGUAUGAUUUCUUUUUGCUUUUGUCAUACAAUAUAUAUUAUAAUAUUUGUACUAUAUACAAAACAUCUCAUUCGUUACAAACUAACAAGAUUGUUAGAUUUUGCGUGAAAGUAAUAUAUUGUAAUAUGGGAAAGUUCGUACACGAUGCUGUAAACGGACAAUGUGAAGAGUGUUACUUUAUUGCAUUUGUAGUUCAUAUUUUGUCCAUAUCUGUCGCUGAAGUCGCAUACGUUAAAAACGAAAAGUGAUGAACGGGCUUUUAUUAUUCUAAAAUUGACUAUGAAUUAUCGUAUGUGAUGAUUUUGAGAAAAUUUAUUAUAAAUGGAUGAUCUCGUGAAAUUUAAUAUUAAAGAGGUUAAGUGUGACUUGUUACCUGCUAUAAAUGAAUGUACUCAACGUGGUUUAUUACAUACUACAAAAUGGCUGGCGGAAUUGAAUUAUUCUUUAAAAGAUGUCAAAUUAGAUCUACACGAUGUGACCACGGAUGAUAUUGGUUUGACGGAAUCGAGCGAGGAAGAUGACACGUAUAUCUUAGCUAAAACUUAUUUCGAUUUAAAAGAGUACGACCGGGCAGCCUAUUUUACAGAAAAAUGUACAACUUCGAAAGCCAGGUUUCUGUAUUUGUAUUCUCGUUACUUAUCAGGAGAAAAAAAGAAAAUAGAUGACAUGACGGAUAUACCACCAGACCCUAUGAGAAAUGACAGUUUAAAAUUACUCUGUGCUGAUUUAAGAAAAGAUCAUUUGGCCGGAAAAUUAGACGGCUUUUGUUUAUAUUUAUUUGGGGUGACUCUGAAAAAACUCCAGCUUACCAGAGAGGCAACCGAAGUUUUAGUUGAAUCGACUCACAAGCAGCCGAUGCACUGGGGUACUUGGUUGGAACUAGCUGCAUUAAUUACGGAUAGGGAAAAAUUAGAAAGUUUGCGACUUCCAAAUCACUGGAUGAAACACUUCUUUAUGGCUCACAUGUAUUUAGAGUUACAACUUAUUGACGAGGGUUUAGCUAUGUAUUGCGAAUUACAGUCAAUGGGUUUUGAAAAGAAUGCAUACGUACUUGCUCAAACUGCUAUUGCCGUUCAUUACAGGAGAGAUGUUGAUAAUGCUAUAAAAACAUUUAAACACAUAAUAAAAGAAGAUCCAUAUUGUCUCGAUAAUAUGGAUACAUAUUCAAAUUUACUUUAUGUAAAAGAAAUGAAAGUAGAAUUAGCAUAUUUAGCUCAUAGAGCCACAGAAAUAGAUAAAUAUCGAUUGGAAACGUGUUGUAUAGUGGGAAAUUAUUACAGUUUAAGAGCAGAUCAUCAAAAGGCAGUGAUGUAUUUCCAUAGAGCAUUGAAACUUAAUCCACAAUACCUAUCUGCUUGGACGUUACUCGGCCAUGAAUUUAUGGAGAUGAAAAAUACUAAUGGUGCGAUUCAUAGUUAUCGCCAAGCCAUCGAAGUUAAUAGAAGGGAUUAUAGAGCAUGGUAUGGUUUGGGUCAAACUUAUGAAAUUUUGAAGAUGCCUUCUUACGGUUUGUAUUAUUACAAACAGGCACAACUUUUGAGACCUCAUGAUAGUCGAAUGGUUCUUGCAUUGGGCGAGGCAUAUGAAAAACAAGAUAAAAUUCAAGAUGCGCUCAAGUGUUAUUACAAAGCGUGCAAUGUAGGGGAUAUCGAGGGAGUCGCUUUGAUAAAGUUAGCCAACCUUUAUGAAAAGUUGGGUGAACACGAUCAUGCGGCUGCAGCUUAUACAGAUUUUGUAAUGGACGAAUUUAGAAAUGCCGAUAGAACCGAAUUGAGUCACGCUUACAAGUAUCUAACGCAAUAUCACCUGAAACGAGAACAAUUGGAUCGGGCAAACCAUUAUGCACAGAAAUGUCUACAAUUCGAUGAAACUAAAGAAGAAGCUAAGGGACUUUUAAGAACGAUUGCACAGAAAAGAGCGAAAGUUGAAGAGAGUUCAAUGGUGGUAGAAGACAUGAAUGAGACGGAUCCGGUAAUCGAACAAGGCGCUAGGACAGAUGCUACACCGGGAAAUCAAUUGUCACCAAUGAAUUUAUCCUUCACACCUACUCCAUAGUUUUUCAGUUUCAGGCCGAAUAAUUUCCAUCGUCUUCCCAUGUUUUUCCAUCCUGUUAGAUCAUCCCUAAUCUCAUUAUAGCAAGCCAGUAUCGUCCCUAUGAUUCUCGUUAUCUCUAAUGUUUCUUCAACUAUCAAGGAGGAAAAGCUUAUUCUAAAACUGGUCAUGCAGGAAGAUGGAGGUAGAUAUAAAGAAUUCCUCAGGCGAAUCAUUUGCUUUUUGUUCAUCGAAUUUUUCUAUUCAUUAUUUGAUAGUCGGAAAUCUUUACAUUAUUGACAAUGGAUAUUCUCCAAAUCUUCAGGCCACGAUCUAUUUCCAAAGUUUCAGAAAUUGUUAUUUCUCCCAUCUUUCACAGUUUUCUUUCUCUCCGAUCGUUUCUUUCCCAACAUUUUAUUUGUAUCUCAUAUCUUUCAUUAAUAGGUAAACUUUUCAUUGCGAAUAUACAACGAUCCAAUAAAUCUAGCAUGUUUUUUUUGUGUCAUCAAGUGUGAAGGAAUUAUUAUUCGCAUUGUUGAACGAUGAUUGUGCCGAGGCCGGUAUGGCUUUACAAUAAAACUUUGACGUUUCUCUCUUUUCUUGUUGCAGUGGUGAUCGGAUUACCAGGGAAGAAUUAUUGUCGGCACUCGUUGUAGUGCUCGUUUUUCGAUAAUAGACAUUAAUUCCAAAUUAGAAAAAUGUUUAAAUUAAUAUAUAGAAUGUGUCUCGUAGCUUCGGGGAUCGGCGGUGAAUUGUGUGCAUGAAAACAACAACAAUAAAAAUUCAUCAUUCGCGAGAAUAUUAAAUAAGGUUUCCGAAAAAUCCUUAUAAUACUUAGAAAAAAGGAGAAAUUUGCUAUAACUCGAAAAAAAAAUGUUAAAUGAAGCAUACGUUUACAGGAGCUUUUUGUAUUAUUUUAGUAUACAGAAUUCACCGCUGAAGUAAUUUCUCGAAGCUAAGGGAUAACUUGUAUUUAAAUGGAUUAGAAUUUUUUUUAUUUACAAAGGGUGCUUCGAUCACUGGGCGCCCGAGAUUUUUUCGAGAAAUAACUUUUUUUCUGAAUACUUUAUUCACUUCGCAUCGACAUUACUAUUUUCGUUUUCAUUUUUUCUCAUUAAAAUUAGUUAUGUGCACGUUAGAAGUAAAAACGCGUAUUCGGUGUUACGACAAAUGAGAAAUAGCAAGAAAUAUCUUCGUGCAUUCCUUAUAUAGUAGUACUACACCAUACUGCUACUUAUUAAGGGGAGAAUUUUGAAUAAAGAAUCUUCGAUAAUAAACAUAUCCUUCGAUUUUGAGAAGGAAUGAAUAUAAUUCGGAAUAACCGGAUAUAUUAUAAAUCUUAGAAAGACUUUUUUAUACAACACUUGUACGCUAUAAAUUAUCUUUGGAUCAAUUAUCUUCGAAUGUUGUAUUUUUAUUUCUAUUUGGAUUUCUUCCAAGAUGAUAAAUUUCAUGCAUAAUAUUGUCAUUUUAGCUGCAUUAAUGGUGCACUUUUAAGUUGCACUUUUAAAUUAUCAAGAGAAUUUCUCUUUUCAUAAUACAUUAUUGAAGUAUUAUUUUAUAAGUGCGAUGUUUGUAUUUAUGUUAUAUAGUUAUACAUUACGCUUAACUAUACUUAAUUGAUAAAAUGAAAUGAAACUUAAAAAGUAUAUAAGUUGGAACAUUAUAAAAGAAAAAUUCGUUGAAACGUUUGACUUUCAUUAUGCGCCAUUAAUGUACCUAAGGUAUGACAAUAACAUCUGUUUUAUAUUAUUUAUUGCUUAUUCCUUUAAUAAAUUUUUAAAUAUUACUAUACAUUCGAAAAAUGUUGAAAAAUAUGUUGAAAAAUUGGCUUUCGACAUUUAAGUUCUACAUACAUAAUAGAAUAC